GUCUAGUCACCUUUCCGAUGCAAACAUUUAGCAAACCAAACUUACAGAAGAUUAACCAAACGUACCAGGUUCCUGGAAUGGAGGAGAUUCAAGUUGGAUUCCGGUUUUACCCAAUCGAAGACGAGCUCAUCUCGUUCUACCUGCGAAACAAGCUCGAGGGUCAUUUAGUAGGCACCAUGGCUCGUGUUAUACCUGUCGUCGACGUGUUCGAACUCGAGCCUGAUCAACUUCCACAGCUUGCAGGAGAGAGGUGCCGAGGAGACAGAGAGCAGUGGUUUUUCUUUGUAAAGAGACAAGAGAGGGAAGCAAGGGGAGGUAGGCCGAGCAGGACUACAGCUUCAGGAUACUGGAAAGCAACAGGGUCACCUGGCCCUGUCUUCUCGUCCGAUAACCGAGUGAUUGGGGUCAAGAAGACGAUGGUCUUCUACACGGGAAGAGCACCUACAGGUAGAAAAACCAAAUGGAAGAUGAAUGAGUACAAAGCGAUUGAUGGGAUAGCCAACAUGCCCACAAUCCCUAAGUUGAGGCACGAAUUCAGUCUGUGCCGUCUCUACGUAACAUCAGGAAGCUCCCGUGCGUUUGAUAGACGUCCUAUGGAAGCUUAUCAAAUGGAAGGAAUGCUUCUGAGCAACGGGGCUGAACCAUCAUCUCGGGCCAGGAUGAUGGGCGAGAGAGCAAGUUCAUCAGAAACUUCAUAUUCAAGAGGAGAUCAUGCGGAUCUUCCAGAGAAUAAUACUACACAAACCAACUCUGCCAUGGUUGAUGGCCUGACACAGCCUUUCUGGGAAUGGGAACAGCUGAAUUGGGCUUGACAUGAGAAUCUCGGCGACAAUAUCUUGUCAGAGCUACCCAUGACAUAGUAAAAGUAUGGUCCAUA